AUGUCGGACUCGGACUCUGAACCAGACUACCCAGUUGAAUUCUACAACAAAGAAAUGUUGCUCCAUCUCUUCUUUGAUGACCAGCAUGACAGUCACACCCCCAUGGCCACUCUCAUCCAAAAGAAGAUCAAGCCGCUCACUGAGAAGGCUCAGAAGUGGCUCGCCCGUGAGGUCAACAGGUCCAUCAUGAUGGGCAAGGACUGCACUCUUGUCUCCACCAUUGGCGGGAAGUAUUAUUGGGUGGCUGAUGAGUUUAAAGAGUGGGCGAAAAAGCUGGCUCUCCAUUAUGGCGUCCUCCGUGUUGUUUCUUCUUCCAACAACUGCAUUGUGCUUCUCACCAAAAAGGAAACUGUUGUCACCAUCCUCAUCUAUGGAAACAACAGGUUUGAUCUCCACAAGCCCGCUCCCAAGGUCAUCGAGGCUCCCAAGAAGAAGGCUGCUCCAGCGAAGAGGACUACUCCACAUCCGAAGAAGAGGUUUGCUUCGAAGCGCAUUGAGGAUGAGGAUAGUUUCGAGGAAGACUAUGAACUCUCCCAGCAGAUCACCCCCCUCAAGGCCUUCUACAACCGUAAAGGCAAGUAG